AUGAUUUUCUAUACAAAAACUGUCUCUGUGUGUAGGUUGAACCAAAGCCAGGUAGUAACAGUCAUCUUUGAUUCAAAACCUACUCAAAUUCUUUGUCAAAUGGGAGAUUUUGGAUGUGGAGAUGGAGGAUGGACACCGGUCAUUAAGAUGAACGGUAGCAAGGUGUGAAAUUUUAUUUGGCAACAUUUUAUUUAAUGUUCAAACUUGUUCUACGGUUGUGUCGCCUUAUAAUAUGGCCCUGGCUAAGUUGAUUCCAGCGUGCAUUUAGGUCGACUAAACACCUCGUCGUUGGGGUUUUAGAAUUGCUUUGAGCGAGUAGAGGGGGACUAUGGUAUUGCAAACUAAUGGCCAUACUGAUGACUUAUCACUAGUUUCUGUCAAGAUCUGGGUAAUGCUUUUGAUUGGUCCUGCUACAUGGCAGAUUUGCUUCAGCCAAUCAGAGGGACUAUCGAGAUCUGGGUAGUGACGCGUCAUCAGCAGUGGAAUUUCUACGCUUUUCUCAGACAUCAUUUCGCUGGGAAACCCGCAGUAAUGAGGUCGUGAAAUGUCGGCUGUUUUCUCAGGCUAAGAAACGAAUGCUUACAAUUUAGCUAAGCUUAGACUGUUCACAGUCCUAUAUUUUUCUGUAAGAUCGUCGAGAUCAAGUGCUUUGCGUUACGGGCUGCCAUCUUCAUGAGUGUCAAAACUACUUAGGGGGCGGGAGCGGUUGGGAAGGAAGAGGGAAAAAUAUUUUUCUCAUCGCCUUCCCCGUGCAGAUAUAAUCCCCGAUGCCCGCCCCCUCGGUACAUUUGAAAAUCAUCAUGGCCGCCAUUAAAGGUAAGACGCGCUAUAUCUUGGACUGCUUGCAGUCCGCCUUUUCUCUUAAAAUCCGUCUAGUUCACAGCCAGCGCGAUUGCAAACCACGACCUUGUAGGGAUUAGGACCAGACGAGAAAAGACCUCGCCCUCGUUUAUCGCGGCUCGCCUGCUUGGGUUUCUCUUGCAGUAACUUUGCAAAGAAAAAUAAGAGACUGCUCGCAGUCUACUAUAUCUCGACAAUCUCACGAUGAAAUAGGGGACUGUAACAGUCUAAGCAAAGCUAUAUACUCACAGGCAAAGGCCAUUGAACUGUGUUUUUUCUUCCACAGCAAACCUUUCAUUACGAUGCCUCCCUCUGGAGCAACAACGAAACUUUUAACCUCGAUGGAGGGAACACCGGAUUUGACUCCCAGGAGACCAAACUGCCCUCCUACUGGAACACAUCCUUCUCCAAGAUCUGCCUCGGCAUGAAGAUCGGUCAGCAGAUCAGUUUCAUUGUAAUCAACAGGAGCGCCAGUUCUCUACACUCUUUGAUCGCUGACGGACAAUUUCGCGCUACUUCUCUGGGUCGCGACACGUGGAAAUUGUUGAUUGGUCCUGAGGCGUCCCUGCAGGUUGGGUGUAACAAAGAAGGGUUCAAUAGUCAUAUGGUCGGCAGAGUCCAUUCCAAAGCCAGGAUCGGUAUCAUUAGUAACCAGGAAAACCAUUGCAAUUCCUGUGACUCUAGAAUUGGGUUUGGUACUGGUGGGUUACAUGAUGACACCAACUCCUGUGGAAACCAGGCUACCCACUAUCCAGAUAAUGGUAACAAGCAUAUCAAAGCCGUAGGAUAUAUCCUCGUGCAAUGA